UUUUUUUUUUUUUUUGCAUUCUUCUACUUGUGUGUUACACCGACAUUCAUUCCCGGGGACUUUCGCAAACUACAUAUCCCCCCGGUGCGUAUCCCAUCAUCUACAUCCGCAACCACCCUAUACUUCAAGAGGAGUGCAAUUAUUCCACGAUCUAUCUGAAUCAUGGUCCUCGACCGCCUGCAGCAGUUGGCCUCGCAGGUCAAUGCUUCAUCUCCUCCUCCUCACCCUUUCGAUCCCCUCUCGACUGUUGAAAUCGACACUGCCGUUGCACUUGUCCGCGAGGCACAUGGCAAGGUUAACUUCAAUGCCGUCACUCUGUACGAGCCUCGCAAGGCGGAGAUGAUGGCUUGGUUGGCGGAUCCUCAUAAGGUUCCUCGUCCGACAAGAGCUGCUGAUGUUGUGGCAAUUGCUCCUGGUGGAAAGGUCUAUGAUGGGAUUGUGGACCUGAACCAGAAGAAAAUCAUCGAAUGGAAGCACACCCCGGGCGUCCAGCCGUUGAUUACCAUGGAGGAUCUGCAGGAAGUUGAGCAUAUUGUUCGCAAGGACCCGAAGGUUAUCGAGCAGUGUGCGAUCAUUGGAAUUCCCAAGGAAGAUAUGGACAAGGUGUACUGUGACCCGUGGACAAUUGGCUACGAUGAGCGCUUCGGCACCGGUGUGCGUCUCCAGCAAGCUCUCAUGUACUACCGACCCCAUAUCGAUGACUCCCAAUACACAUAUCCUCUAGAUUUCUGUCCAAUUUACAACGCCGAGACAAAGAAGAUUAUUCACAUCGAUAUCCCCCCGGUGCGGAGACCCCUUAGCAAAGCGGCCCCCAACAACUACCACCCGGCGGCGAUCGAAAAGGAAGGCGGAUUCAGGACGGAUUUGAAGCCCAUUCACAUCACCCAGCCCGAAGGCGUAUCUUUUGCCGUUAACGGACGGCAUAUUGAGUGGCAAAACUGGAACAUCCACGUUGGCUUCAACUACCGUGAAGGCAUUGUACUUAAUAAUAUCACCUUCAGCGACAAGGGGAAUGUCCGUCCCGUUUUCUAUCGCCUGUCGCUCGCGGAGAUGGUGGUGCCAUAUGGAAAUCCCGAGCAUCCGCAUCAGCGUAAGCACGCUUUUGACCUCGGCGAAUACGGUGGUGGAUACAUGACGAACAGUCUGUCUCUUGGAUGUGACUGCAAGGGAGCGAUUCACUACAUGGAUGCCGCAUUCGUCAACCGCGCUGGCGCUAGCACUAUCGUGAAGAAUGCCAUUUGCAUUCACGAGGAGGAUGCAGGCAUUCUCUUCAAGCACACUGAUUUCCGGGAUGAGUCAAUUAUCGUUACUCGUGGCCGAAAGUUGAUUAUUUCUCACAUAUUCACAGCUGCAAACUACGAGUACUGCGUAUACUGGAUCUUCCACCAAGAUGGUACAGUGCAGCUUGAUAUUAAGUUGACUGGUAUUCUCAACACCUAUGCCAUGAAUCCUGGAGAGGACGCCAAGGGCUGGGGAACUGAGGUCUACCCUGGUGUUAAUGCUCACAACCACCAGCACUUGUUCUGUUUGCGUGUUGAUGCCAACAUUGACGGUCCUAACAACACAGUCUUCCAGGUUGAUGCCGUCCAAGGUCCAGGUGAAGUUGGAAGCGCUGAGAACAAGUACGGUAACGCCUUCUACGCCAAGAAGACCAAGUUCACAACUCCCAUUGAGGCGAUGUCCGAUUACGACGGCUCCACUGGAAGAACAUGGGAAAUUGCCAAUACCAAUAAGCUCAACCCCCACAGCAAGAAGCCCGUGUGCUACAAGCUAGUUAGCCGUGAGGUUCCCCCUCUGCUCCCUAAGGAGGGCUCAUUAGUGUGGAAGCGAGCUGGAUUCGCCAGACACGCUGUCCAUGUUACCAAGUACUCCGACGACCAAGUCCACCCUGCUGGCCGUCACGUUCCCCAGACCUCUGGAGAACCAUCUCAAGGCUUGCCUGCCUGGAUUGAGGAAGCUGGCCCUAACAGCUCCAUUGACAACACGGAUGUUGUGCUCUGGCACACCUUUGGACUCACACACUUCCCAUCUCCUGAGGACUAUCCUAUCAUGCCGGCAGAGCCGAUGACAUUGCUUCUUCGUCCUCGUCACUUCUUCACUCGCAAUCCUGUUCUCGAUGUUCCUCCCAGCUAUGCUAGAACGCCUUCACAGAUCGCAGCAAGCGCUUCCACCUGCGCAUGCAGGAAGAACGAUGGCUCUAGCGUCCUGGUUUGAUGUUAUGCUUGAUUUCAAGGUGUUGAGUUUGGUAGUAUGGCAUUAACAUGCAGAGGGACGGUUCUCUCGCUGUCGUAACUUGAAGCCCAUAUCGUG